AUGAACUUCCUUCUAGCAUUAUUGCUUAUACUUCCAAACAUUGCCGCUUAUUUCGUCUCACAAUGGAAAUCGUUACGAGAAAAUGUGGAAAUUGUUUCCGAUGUUGGUCCUGGAAAUGAGAAGAGAUUUUUAUAUUCACACAAUAGUGAUGGACCACUAUUUCUUUUCGUCACUCCAUGCAGUGGUUCCGUACAUUGGAGAUUGUACGAGUUUAAAGGAGGUAGGAAUUACAAAAUGUCCUUUAACAAUGUUUCGUGGUCGUGGUUUUCAUUAUACGAACUUGAUCCGCUUUUUUGAAC